UGGCGGAGAACUCUUUGAGGACAUUGUGGCGAGGGAGUACUAUAGUGAGGCCGAUGCCAGUCACUGCAUCCAGCAGAUCCUGGAGGCGGUGCUCCAUUGCCACCAAAUGGGGGUCGUGCACAGAGACCUCAAGCCCGAGAACCUUCUCCUGGCCAGCAAAUGCAAAGGCGCAGCAGUGAAGCUGGCUGAUUUUGGCCUGGCCAUUGAGGUGCAGGGGGACCAGCAGGCAUGGUUUGGUUUUGCCGGCACACCAGGAUACCUGUCUCCAGAGGUCCUUCGCAAGGAGGCCUAUGGCAAGCCCGUGGACAUCUGGGCGUGUGGGGUGAUCCUCUACAUCCUGCUAGUGGGCUACCCGCCGUUCUGGGACGAGGACCAACACAAACUGUACCAGCAGAUCAAGGCCGGCGCCUACGACUUCCCCUCCCCUGAGUGGGACACUGUCACUCCUGAAGCCAAAAACCUCAUCAACCAGAUGCUCACCAUCAAUCCUGCAAAGCGCAUCACGGCCCACGAGGCUCUGAAGCACCCAUGGGUCUGCCAACGCUCUACGGUGGCCUCCAUGAUGCACAGACAGGAGACGGUGGAAUGUCUGAAGAAGUUCAAUGCCAGGAGAAAGCUCAAGGGAGCCAUCCUCACCACCAUGCUGGCCACUCGGAACUUUUCAGUGGGCAGACAGACCACCGCUCCUGCCACCAUGUCCACCGCCGCCUCCGGUGCCACCAUGGGGCUGGUGGAGCAAGCAGCCAAGAGCCUACUGAACAAGAAGGCCGAUGGAGUCAAGCCUCAGACGAAUAGCACCAAAAACAAUGCCGCAGUCACCAGCCCCAAGGGGACGCUGCCUCCUGCUGCCCUGGAGCCUCAAACCACCGUUAUCCAUAACCCCGCGGACGGGAUUAAGGAGUCCUCCGACAGCACCAACACCACCAUAGAGGAUGAAGACACAAAAGUCCCCAGGAUCUCUGACAUCCUGAGCUCGGUGAGGAGGGGCUCAGGGACCCCUGAAGCUGAGGGGCCCCCACCCUGCCUGUCUCCAACUCUCCUAGGCCCCCUGUCCACCCCAUCCCCCCGGAUCUCUGACAUCCUGAGCUCAGUGAGGAAGGGUAUGGGGACCCUGGAACCCGAGGCUUCCCCUCAAGUCGAGCCCCCACCCUGCCCGUUCCCGACUCUCCUAGGCCCCCUGUCUGCCCUGUCCCGCAAGCAGGAGAUCAUCAAAAUCACCGAACAGCUCAUCGAGGCAGUCAACAACGGUGACUUUGAGGCUUAUGCGAAAAUCUGUGACCCCGGCCUGACCUCCUUUGAGCCGGAAGCGCUGGGCAACCUGGUGGAAGGGAUGGACUUCCACAGAUUCUACUUUGAGAACUGCGAGGACGCCGCCUGCAUCGCCUACAUCCGCCUCACGCAGUACAUCGACGGCCAGGGCCGGCCCCGCACCAGCCAGUCCGAGGAGACCCGCGUGUGGCACCGCCGGGAAGGAAAGUGGCAGAACGUGCACUUCCACUGCUCAGGCGCACCCGUGGCCCCGCUGCAGUGAGGAGCUGCCUGCCAUUGAAUGAUCCUGAUGGAGUUGGUGUUCUGAGCCCAGCCGCCCUCAGGGCGCACGGCCUGCCUGUCGCAUGUUCGUGUCUGCCUCAUCCCCUCCCCUGGUGCCUGUGUCUAAAGAAAAACCAAGACCAGAUGUGAUUUCUUUCCACGAACUAAAUGAUGACAACGACAACCACGCACACACACAAAAUUGACAUCCGAUGAAAUGGGAAAACUAAUCAAAGGGAAAACAAUGUGGGAUAAUCACUGGUGUUUGUGGGGCUUUGAAACCAACCAGCCACCCACCCCCACCCCAUCCCCCACAGCUCCACGUGUCUAGGCCUCCAGUGACUAGGUGGGACAGUGAAACUGUCCAAAAGGCUCCUCCCCCCGACCCCUGUGUUGAAUGGUGUUAGUUUGUUAGAUAACAUACACACACACCCCACAAACAAACCAAGGCAUCUGCAUUCUCUCUGCCAAUGCAUGGGCCUCUGCAGUGGUGUGCUUGCAAGUGGCUGUUGUGAGCUGUCAGGCAUCUUUGGGGCUGGGGCCAUGGGUGUCCCUCUGGACCUACCCUCCUUUCUCUGCUACUUGUGCCUGAGAGUUGCUGCUGUUCCUACCUGCUUUUUUCCCUUCUGCCCAUCAUCCUCUCAGCCCUGUGAGGGGAUGGGUGUGGGGUCCCCUUUAUGCCCACACACCCUCCCAGCAGUAGAUGACGCACGCCAGCAAAGGGUCAGGCCAGCCCUGCCGCGAGUGUUCCCGGCUGGGCCAGGGAUGCCACCAGCCUCUGGGAGGAUGGAGACACAGUAGAGGAGCAUCCCGGAAGGCCCCAAGGUCCCAGGCUGCCAGCUCUGCUCUUCUCCAGGGGGUCAGUGAGGUGCCGAGCAGGGUGCAGUUUAGUUAGACUUCACAUCUGGCUGAGGCAGCUCGAAAGGACGUGCCCAACAUGCCCCUCCCUUUUCUCUAGCCAGGCCUUCCAGGCCAGUCCCAUCCCCACCUGGAAGCAGACAUGAGAAAAGACUGGAGACCUCAUGCCCCAAGCCGGAGGGGGCCAGGCAGUGUUUGGGGUGGCUGAGCUACAAGGAUUCUGGGUCAUGUUGGGUAAAACCUGGAGAGAAGGUAGGUGCAGAGACAGGUGGCUGUGGGCCACCUGCACUAAGGCAGUGUCUGGCGUGUUUUGGGGGUAGAAGUGUUUGUGGCACCCCAGCCUGGAAAAAGAGGAAGACCUGGGGCGUAGCACAGGAGGCUCUCAGUGCAGGAAUUAGUAGGCCAUCAGGCAUUAACAAGGCUGACCAAGGGAACCGUUGUGGGUGCUGCUGCUCCCCACCCCAGGCCAAAAGUGCCCAGAACAGGUGCCCUGGUGGGAUGUUGGGCCUGCAGGGAGAUGGGAAUCUGCAGCACUUUCCAGGUGAGCGCUGGAGGCUGCAGGGACCCAGCCACAGAUUAGACAACAGGCUGUGUGCAGAAGCCUGGCCCACAAGGAGAGCCAGGCCCAGUGUGGAUACUUCGGCGCAGGGCCCAGGAACUGGGACUCGAGGGAGGGCAUCCAAGAGAUGGCUAUGUGUGCUAGCAGCCAGUUUCACCUAUGAGGCAAGGUGGGGCAGGGUCCUCUCUCCAUGACCACACCACCUGUAGCAUUUGUGAGCACAGCCUGGGCGCCCUCCCUGUGGAGUGGGUAGGCACACUGUGCUGCAGACCAGGGCCUAGCAGAGAGUUCCAGGUGCCUGUCAGCUAAGGGGCAGGGAGGACGAGGCACAGGGGAGGACCCAGCUCAACACCAGCCACCUUCCAUUCAGGCUGCAUCUUCAACAAGGACUUUCCUCUUGCCCCCACAACUCAAGCCAAGGGAGGAACAUGAAGUGAGCAGGCCCAGGUCCCACACUCAGGGGGUUGCCCAUCAAGGGACACUCAGACUGGACGCCCACUGUGUCGUCCAUGACUUGCUCAGGAUGGCCAGCGCCCAGGCCCUCUCCCUCUGUGGACACAGGGUAAACAUCUCCAGGACCCGUGUGGUGGCGGCCUCUGCCACUGCUGCCAUGUUACUGCGGAGCCGCCUGUCUGGGAUCAUUGCUUUUGUUUUGUUUUGUUUUCUGGGGGACAGUUCUUUUGCAUGACCGAUAAGGAGAACCACACCCCACAUUGCUACUAGGUGUCCGUGCGUGGCCCGCCCGGCUGCGGGGCGUGCGGAGGCUCGCCGGCUGCCCCCGUGCUGGUGGACUUUCCACCCUUCUCCUUUUGCUGAGUUUUACUGUCUUUUGUUUCUGAGCCUUGUAAGUGUACAAAAAAUUAUUUUGUUCUGUCUCGGGAAACUGCAAAUAAAACACAAACAGGA